GAUAAUCCGGCUCCAUCCUAGUGUUUUGUUGGGUCAUCCGUGGAUGCAUCGCUGCGCAGUGAAACGGGGAAGGACGGAGUCUCGAUAUUCGUGACCAUUUCGAACGGAAAACGCGGCUAAAGCCGAGUGGGCUGGGCUUUCCGUGCGUCGGGGCCUAAGGUGGUUUCACCGUUCAAUAAGCGACCAUGGCCCCAAGUCGGAAUGGGAUGAUUCUGAACCCUCAUUUCCACAAGGAUUGGCAGAAGAGGGUCCGUACUUGGUUCAAUCAGCCAGCCAGAAAAAUACGCAGACGGAAGGCACGGCAAGCUAAAGCACGUCGCAUUGCUCCACGCCCAGUUGCUGGCCCUCUUCGACCAGUUGUUAGAUGUCCAACUAUUAGGUAUCACACUAAAGUACGUGCUGGACGAGGAUUCAGCCUGGAAGAAUUAAAGGCAGCAGGCAUCAACAGGAGAGUGGCACGUACUAUUGGCAUUGCAGUUGAUUAUAGACGCCGCAACAAGUCAACUGAGUCUAUUCAGUGUAAUGUUCAACGUCUGAAGGAAUAUCGUUCCAAGCUAAUCAUCUUCCCAAGGAAGGCUUCUGCACCCAAGAAGGGAGAUUCUACAGCUGAAGAAAUUCAAGUGGCAACUCAGCUAACUGGACCAGUCAUGCCGAUCAAGAAUAUAUACAAAAAGGAGAGAGCCCGAAUAAUCUCAGAGGAUGAGAAGAAUUUCAAGGCCUUUGCAAGUCUUCGUAUGGCCCGAGCAAAUGCCCGUUUGUUUGGAAUUCGUGCCAAGCGAGCAAAGGAGGCAGCAGAGCAAGAUAUUGAGAAAAAGAAAUAAAAACACAAAAGAAAUGGAACUAUUAAAUAUAAAGCUCAACUUUUUAAAUGAAAAUAAAUGGUCAUUCUUUGCAAAAUGA